AAGUGAAAUAUAUAUGCAUGCCCUUAUACCAUUUAACACGGGUCCACCUUCAAGACACUGGGCUGUGGAUCAAGCAAACCACCACUCCUCCUCUAAGUAUCAUUUUGACAGGUUCUUUUGGAGGAGUUCCUUUUUUUAACCAAUCCUUUUAAAUAAAAUGGCACCAAAGAAAGAUGUGAAGAAACCUGCUGCUGCUGCUGCCCCAGCCCCAGCCCCGGCACCUGCACCUGCACCUGCCCCAGCCAAACCCAAAGAAGAAAAAAUUGACCUCUCUGCCAUUAAGAUCGAGUUCUCUAAGGAUCAACAGGAUGAAUUCAAGGAGGCGUUUCUCCUGUUUGACAGAACAGGUGACAGCAAGAUCACCUUAAGCCAGGUCGGUGAUGUCCUUCGGGCACUGGGCACAAAUCCCACCAAUGCGGAAGUCAGGAAGGUCCUGGGGAACCCUAGCAAUGAAGAGAUGAAUGCUAAAAAAAUUGAAUUUGAACAGUUUCUGCCCAUGAUGCAAGCUAUUUCCAACAACAAGGACCAGGGCACCUAUGAAGACUUUGUUGAGGGGCUGCGUGUCUUUGACAAGGAAGGCAAUGGCACAGUGAUGGGUGCUGAGCUCCGCCACGUUCUGGCCACCCUGGGUGAAAAGAUGAAAGAGGAAGAAGUGGAAGCUCUGAUGGCCGGUCAAGAAGACUCCAAUGGGUGCAUCAACUACGAAGCUUUUGUCAAGCACAUCAUGUCUAUCUAAGUGGAGUUCCCAAGAACAUUGUUUAGAAAGACUGGCUGGAAUUGUAUUUUGAUAAUACCCAUGGCUGCCUGUCCAGGUGUUUACCGUCAUUUGGAAAAAUAAAAUAUCUGGAACAUUCUAGACUGAAAGACUCCCUGAAUUUUUAUAUACCUUCAUAUUUUCUCUGCCAUGUAUUGCUACUACACAAACCAAGCAGCCACUGCAGUAGAUGUGAGGAAUAAAAUACUGACAAUCUUAAAUCCAAGUACCACUCUUUAUUAUCUGUCACAGGUCAAUAAGCAUCUUUAAAAUCCUAUAUCAAUAAACAAUUUUUGUCAGUCUGGAAA